AUGGCGGUGCUCGACCAGUAUACCUAUGUGUUUGCCAUCGGCACCAUCUUUGCCAUGUUGGACGCGUACAACAACGGUGCCAACGAUGUCGCAAACUCCUGGGCGACCAGUGUGUCGUCGCGUUCGAUUUCCUACCGACAGGCCAUGAUCCUCGGUACCAUCUUCGAGCUCCUCGGAGCCAUCUGCGUGGGUGCCCGUACCGCCGAUACCAUCAAGAACGGAAUCAUCCCGGUGUCAGCCUUCAGGGGUGACGCGAGCGUCCAAUUACUGGCGUUCGCUUGUGCUCUCGCGGCUGCGUCCUCCUGGGUCAUGUGGUGUACCCGACACUCCACGCACGUCUCCUCCACCUACUCUCUCGUCUCCGCCGUCGCUGGUGUCGGUGUUGCCACUGCCGGGGCAUCCAAGGUGCAAUGGGGCUGGAAUGGUGGAAAGGGUCUCGGGGCCAUCUUUGCCGGUCUAGGAAUGGCCCCCGCCAUCUCCGCUGCGUUCGGUGCCAUCAUCUUCAUGUUGAUCAAGCUCAUCGUCCACAUGCGGAAGAACCCUGUCCCCUGGGCCGUUUAUUCGUCUCCUUUCUGGUUCCUCGUGGCGGCAACCAUCUGUACCCUGUCCAUUGUCUACAAGGGUUCCCCCAGCCUGGGUCUGAGUAAGAAGCCCGGCUGGUAUAUUGCCGCCGUGACCAUGGGCUGUGGUGGCGGUGUUGCUCUCCUAUCCGCCAUCUUUUUCGUGCCCUUUGUGCAUGCCCGAGUCAUCAAGAAAGACCAGGAUGUGAAGUGGUGGAUGUUCAUCCUGGGCCCCCUCCUCCUCACACGCCAGUCCCCGAAUGUGGGCGAACAAGCCAAGGUUCCCGACUACGCCGUCGUCCAGGAUGAGCAUGAGCAUGACGACAUGGCCUCCGUGCCGUCGACGGCCGGUUCCACGACGGAGGAGACCGGGAAGGACCAAACCCAUACGAAGGAAAAGGCGCUCGUCAUGGCCGAAACCCAGGCCACGUACCAGGAUCUCGUCGCUCAGGGCGAGGCCCGGUUCCAUGCAAGACUCAUGAAGAAGCGUGGCCCUCUAGGAUGGGCGAUGCGCACCUUGCGGGACAACCCCAUGGGUGCCGGUGAGAUCUACGAAUGGCGAAACAUGGUGCGACUGGCCAAGCGCGUCCCCGCCAUGAUCACGGUGGGUCUUCUCUACGGUAUGAAUUACGACAUCCACGCCGCGCAAUCUGGUAUCCAUGGCACCCCGGAGGGUGAGCGCAUGGCCCGCGUCUACGCACACGCCCCGAAGUACCCGAAUGAAGUGGAACACACCUACUCGUUCGUGCAGGUUCUUACCGCCUGCACGGCCUCCUUCGCUCACGGUGCCAACGACAUUGGAAACUCUGUGGGUCCAUGGGCGGUGAUGUACUCCGCCUGGCAGACUGGCGAUGCUCAGCAGUCCAAGGCUCCUGUUCCAGUGUGGCAGCUCGCUGUUCUUGCCCUCACUAUCUCUGCCGGUCUCAUCACCUAUGGAUACAACAUCAUGAAGGUCAUGGGUAAUAAGAUCACUUACCAUUCGCCGAGUCGUGGCUGCUCCAUGGAGAUGGGUGCCGCCUUGACCGUCCUCAUCUUCUCGCAGUAUUCCCUCCCGGUGUCGACCUCCAUGUGUAUCACUGGUGCUACCGUGGGUGUGGGUCUCUGCAACGGUACCUGGAGAGCCGUGAACUGGCAACGAGUUCUCCUGCUCAUGAUUGGAUGGGUUAUGACUAUUCCUAUUGCUGGCACUCUGGGUGGAGUUCUCAUGGGUCUCUUCCUCAACGCUCCUCACUUUGCUUCCUAA